UUACAGCAAAGCCUCGGCCGGUUGAACAAACAUGGCAACAUAUGGUGACGAGCCAGUGGACGCCUACUUCUAUUCUUCUUACAAUCCUUACAUGGGCAGAUACCCCCGGCCUAAAGACGCGGGGUGGAAAUACAAAAGUUACUUCUCCCACUAUGGAGACUCUUCUGACGCCUUCAACAACCACCAGCGCGCACAGCUGAAGUCCAUCUUGUCCCAAAUCAACCCCAAACUCACCCCGAGGCUCAGGAAGGCGAACACCAAGGAUGUGGCAGUGCAGGUCAACCCGAAGAAGGACGCUUCGGUGCAGUGCUCCAUUGGCCCGCGCACCCUUCUGGCCAUGAAGCGGGACUUCCAGCGCAAAAGGAAGCAGGAGCCAGCGACGCCCGACAGCCCAAAAGGGACGGGCGGUGUGCGUUACCCCCGCACCCUCGCCGUCUACUCCCCGAUAGCAUACAGGAGCGUCACCUCCUUCCUGGUCGAUGAAAAUAACAACAAUAAGGAAACCUCCAGUGAGACUGUGCAGACCGGUGAGCCCCCGGGUGAGCCGCCCGAGCCCUCCGAGGACACCGAGGGGAAGGACGAAGACAGCCAGGCUGGUGGGGAUGAAAAGACCGCAAAGCAACCAGAGCAGAGCAAAAAGCUCAAGUCCAAACAGCUGGCCAGGAGUGAGGAUGCGCAGCCAACUGCGGAGGACUCGAAGGGCAAAGCGCGUGUGCGGUUCCAGUUUCUGGAACAGAAAUAUGGAUAUUAUCACUGCAGAGACUGCAAUCUGCGAUGGGAGAGUGCCUAUGUGUGGUGUGUUCAGGGCACCAACAAGGUUUACUUCAAACAGUUUUGUAGAAAAUGCCAAAAGGAAUACAACCCAUACCGUGUCGAGGACAUCACGUGUCAUACUUGCAACAAAGCACGCUGUUCCUGUGCAGUAACACAACGACACGUCGAUCCCAAACGACCCCACAGACAGGAUUUGUGCGGCAGAUGCAAAGGCAAGCGGCUCUCUUGCGACAGCACAUUCAGCUUCAAGUACAUCAUCUAAGGAGCGUCUCGACUGAACUGUCCUCAGUAUGCUGGCACAACUUGUACGUGGGGGGGCAUCUUGAACCCACUGCUGGUGCAACGAUGGCAUCUUGGAUGCAAAAUGUAUUUUUGAUGUUUCUGUACUUUAUUUCACACCAGUUCUCUUUGUGUUGAUGAAACUGAAGCACCGCAUGUGCUUUACGAUGUAAUAAAUGGCUAGCUUGCAUUCUGUCUGUAAGCAUGCUCACUUAAACUGUCACUGAUCUCAACUGAAAUGCAGCACCUUGGAGAAUCCUGUUGUCUAAAAUCAGGCUGACAUAAACCUGAACAUGUGCAAUAAACUAAGACUGACAUCAAAUUAUUGGAAACUAGGUUGCCGUGGCACCAAAGACACUGAAACUGGUGGGUCGAAGACUAAACACUUGGAUUUAAAAAUAAAUAAAUCUGCUGUUCUGAAUAUCAGUGUAUCCUACCCAUUCCUUCGUAAUUGUUUGCAGAUCUGUUAGCCAAACGGUCACUGGUAGCUAUGAAUACUCACUCUGGCUAUUGCUAUGACUUUUGAGUGAUGAGACCAUACAGAGCCAAAGAGCACAGAUUGGAUUUAAAUGGUUUUGUUUCAUAUAUCAUUUGAGCCAAAAGCUCAGGCGUUGGGUUUCCAACACAAUUUUCCUUCUCUAUUG